AUGGAGAACCAGAACAGAGACGCCACGGAGAACAGAACAGAGACGCCACGGAGAACAGAACAGAGACGCCACGGAGAACAGAACAGAGACGCCACGGAGAACCAGAACAGAGACACCACGGAGAACAGAACAGAGACACCACGGAGAACUAGGACAGAGACGCCAUGGAGAACCAGAACAGAGACGCCACGGAGAACAGAACAGAGACGCCACCGAGAACCAGAACAGAGACGCCACGGGAGAACCAGAACAGAGACACCAUGGGAGAACCAGGACAGAGACGCCACGGAGAACCAGGACAGAGACGCCACGGGAGAACCAGAACAGAGACGCCACGGAGAACAGAACAGAGACGCCACGGAGAACCAGAACAGAGACGCCACGGAGAACAGAACAGAGAUGCCACGGAGAACCAGAACAGAGACGCCACGGAGAACCAGGACAGAGACACCACGGGAGAACCAGAACAGAGACUCCACGGAGAACCAGGACAGAGACUCCACGGAGAACCAGAACAGAGACGCCACGGAGAACAGAACAGAGACGCCACAGAGAACCAGAACAGAGACACCACCGAGAACCAGAACAGAGACGCCACGGAGAACAGAACAGAGACGCCACGGAGAACAGAACAGAGACUCCACGGAGAACAGAACAGAGACGCCACGGGAGAACAGAGCAGAGACGCCACGGAGAACCAGAACAGAGACGCCACGGAGAACUAGGACAGGGACACCACAGAGAACCAGGACAGAGACGCCACGGGAGAACAGAACAGAGACGCCACCGAGAACCAGAACAGAGACGCCACGGAGAACAGAACAGAGACGCCACGGAGACCAGAGCAGAGACGCCACGGAGAACCAGAACAGAGACACCACCGAGAACCAGGACAGAGACGCCACGGGAGAACAGAACAGAGACGCCACCGAGAACCAGAACAGAGACGCCACGGAGAACCAGAGCAGAGACGCCACGGGAGAACCAGGACAGAGACGCCACCGAGAACCAGGACAGAGACGCCACGGAGAACCAGAACAGAGACGCCACGGAGAACAGAACAGAGACGCCACAGAGAACCAGAACAGAGACACCACCGAGAACCAGAACAGAGACGCCACGGAGAACAGAACAGAGACGCCACAGAGAACAGAACAGAGACGCCACGGAGAACAGAACAGAGACUCCACGGAGAACAGAACAGAGACGCCACGGGAGAACAGAGCAGAGACGCCACGGAGAACCAGAACAGAGACGCCACGGAGAACUAGGACAGGGACACCACAGAGAACCAGGACAGAGACGCCACGGGAGAACAGAACAGAGACGCCACCGAGAACCAGAACAGAGACGCCACGGAGAACAGAACAGAGACGCCACGGGAGAACCAGGACAGAGACGCCACGGAGAACAGAACAGAGACGCCACGGAGACCAGAGCAGAGACGCCACGGAGAACCAGAACAGAGACACCACCGAGAACCAGGACAGAGACGCCACGGGAGAACAGAACAGAGACGCCACCGAGAACCAGAACAGAGACGCCACGGAGAACCAGAGCAGAGACGCCACGGGAGAACCAGGACAGAGACGCCACGGAGAACCAGAGCAGAGACGCCACCGAGAACCAGGACAGAGACGCCACGGAGAACCAGAACAGAGACGCCACGGAGAACAGAACAGAGACGCCACAGAGAACAGAACAGAGACGCCACCGAGAACCAGAACAGAGACGCCACGGAGAACAGAACAGAGACGCCACGGGAGAACCAGGACAGAGACGCCACGGGAGAACAGAACAGAGACGGCACGGGAGAGCCAGAGCAGAGACGGCACGGGGGAGCAUGUCGCCCGACCGCCCAGGCCGCGCUGUCUCCCGCCCGGGCGCACCCCGGCCUCUGCGCUCUCUGGGCCCUGGGCACGGAUCUCCUCCGGAACCGUCAGUCCCCCUCGGCCCCUCGAGCAGCCAGUGCCGUCCUUCCCGCUCAGGCUGGUUGCUCUGCGGCCGCCUUCGGACUCUCCACACCCGCGGAGUCCUGGGUUUGACCCAGGGCGUGUGGUGCGGGAACGCCCCGAGCUGCGGCCGCCCCAGCGCCGCCGCAGGGGGGUGAAAGGGCGGUCCCGCAACUACCACUCACGCCACGGCUCCCCGCGGCGGAGCAGCGGAGACACCUGUGCUCCCAGCUACUGA